UUUUUUUUUUUUUUUUAAUUUUACUUUUAUUGAUGUUAUUGUUAUUCCGUUACACAACUGACAUUUUACUCUCACUGUGCCGUAACAAUAAAUUAUCGGUUCGAUUUUUUUGACAAGCAAACCUCGACAUCGUUAUUGUCCUCCGGAGUCGGACUCGCCGCCUCGACGUCGGGUGAAUCAUAAACUGCGUUGGGGUCGGGGUCGGGGGCGAUGAUCUGGUCUGACCGGCAAGCGAUAAAAUGAUCGGCAGAUGGUUCGUCGGGUUCGCCGUGUUCGUGGGCUACCUGUGCCUGGGCGCGUUCGUGUUCUACCGGAUCGAGCGUAAGGAAGAGGAGAUUCAGCACUCCUUGGACAUUAUCGAACGACUCGAACUCAAAGAACUGCUCGCGAAACAUUACACGACAAUAAACGCACACGUGCGCAAACAGUUCGCCCAACAGUUUAACGUGUACUGUAACAAAACGGUGUUGGACGAAGGACCGGAAGAACCUUACCAGUAUCAAUGGACGUAUUACAACGCUUUUUUUUUCGCGUUGACCACGCUGAGUACGAUCGGUUAUGGAAAUCUGCACCCGACUUCCGGGACCGGGCGCAUACUGGUGUUGGUGUACUCGUUGAUCGGCAUCCCCCUCAACGGUAUCGUGUUGACGCAACUGGGAAGCUUUUUCGAAUCCAGAAUUCUUCGAGCUCAUUACAGCUACAAGACUCAACGGAUGAUGGGACCCCAACUGAGCCUAAUCCUGGACAUAGUAACGUACCUGAUACCCGGAAUAAUCGUCUUCAUCUUCCUCCCGGCUGGCAUCAUAUCUUUUUUCGAAGAGUGGACGUUCGACGAGAGCGUAUACUUCACUUUUGUCACGUUGACCACCAUCGGCUAUGGAGACUACGUCGCUGGGCAGAAAGUCAACACCGGAAUAUCGUACGACGCUUACAAAGUGUUCCUCGUGUUUUGGAUCAUGUUCGGUCUUGGCUACCUAUUCAUGAUUCUCAGCUUCAUAUCGAGAGCCAUGCGGUCCAAGACGCUCGAACACCUGUUCCUGGAACGGCUCAAGCAAACCCACUCGAAAAUCUGGCACCAGUUCACCAAGGACGUCGUGUACAUUAGACGCGUGCUCAACGAGUCGUACCUGUUGAAGUUUAAACCGGUGUACAAGAAAGAGGCGUUGUCACGUGACCAACCGCUAAGACGGAGCCGGAGCGCGCCGAACCUGACCGAGUGGCCGGUGUUGUGCAAGGUUCUGGCUGCAGUUCCGGCGGCGCGCCGGACGUCCGACGACGAGGACGAGGAGGCGGUGCGCCAGCGGUUCGAGAAGCACCGGAUGAAACGCCGGCGGGCCUUGUCUCAGAACAAGAUGCGUUCGCUGCUCCGGCGCACCAAGGCCACGUCAGAGAUCGACUUGGCGCACAUCGACAAGGAGGCCACGUUCGGCGCCGACAUAGCGUCCUACGAGAUCCUUUCCCGGGUGGUCGACGCCCUGGAGACGGCCGUGCCCAACCAGCCGGGUGACCACCAGCACCAGCACCUGCACCAGCACCAGCACCAGCACCAGCACCCGCAGCCGCAGCCCGUCCACCACCAUCUGCAUCCGGAUGCCUUUAAUUCGAGCAAGAAAAAAGCGUUGUCGUUCUCCGAGGGCGUGCAAGGGUUCACGAACGAGGACAUACUUGCCGGCGAAAAGAACGAGUGGACAGUCGGCGGCGACAUGUUGAACAGGGAAAACACGUUCGGGUCCAAACACAGAAAUUCAUAUUUCGAGUAUGACACGUGGGGUGGAGGUGAUGAUCAAAAUUUCAGAAAGUUAAACGAUUACACGAAACACGGUAAUGGUAGCCAGAACAAGCCGCGGGUACCGAAGCUGCGUCGAAUGUCAGCUGCCGCGUUCAACUUUCUAUCCAACAACAUUGCACCAAAGUGGUUUGCCGACAAGUUGGCCGACGGCAGUGGUGGCGGCGGUGGUGGCCAGACCUGGAACGACGAUCCCAGGCACAGGCUGUCGCUGAACGACGACCAGGGUUACGGUUACGGGUCCACGUACAACGGCACGGCGCCUGUCAAUCGUACCAGCGCGCCGGUACAGUAUCACCACCGCGGGUCACACGGCCUGCAAGUAGUGCAUGACCCGCACGUGUACGGAUCGUCCGCGCCAGAACAUCAGCGACACCGCCGGCUGUCCAGCCCUGAUCCGGUGCUCGCUCACUGCGCAAACACCAUCGCCGUGGCAGAUUUUCUGAUGACGUUGCAACGGUCACUGGACGGUUCGUCGGUCACUGGACAGCAUCCACCGCUAUCGUCCGGAACGCACCACGCCACUAACCGGUCAGCGGUCACCGGAGGCGGAUUCGCCUCCGUCAUGCGGCACGAACGUCGGUCACCGCUGUUCACGCUGUUCCAAGAUCGGCCCAGACGGGCGUCCGGCGAAUCGUGGCAGUACUCGUCGCUGACGUCCAUCGUGUCGUCCACGUCGUCCACGGUGGCCAACGGGACGACGACGCCGGCCACCGCCGAUGGUACCAUAAACGCGGUCCACGAACAACCCGCGGCGGUGGCAGCCACGAGGAGGUCGAAGAAGAAGCGCACUAGGCGGUUCUCGAUAAGGCCGACUGUUGGAGCGGCAGAGCCCAACGGCGGAGUCCGGUGUUGGACGACGACCGGAACCAACAACACCACCUGUGGCACCACCGACGACUACGCCCUCAAGGGGAGAGGAGCUACAACGGGACCGGGUGCGGGAAAUAUAGAAGCCAGCGGAGGAGACGUCCGGCUGAACAUCGAAGACUGACGGCGGACGACGUAACACACACCGCCCGCCCACCCACCGACAAUAAUACUAUAACAAUUAUUAAUUUGAGGCCGGAAGUACGCAUCGAUUUUUUAUAGCAGAUCGAGCGUCGUCCGCUGUUGUCGAUCAAAUAUAAAUAUAUAUAUAUAUAUAUACAUAUAACACCAAACUUCUAUAUAUGUAUAUAUAUUUUAUUUCAUGAGUUAUGAUUAUUUAUAACGAUUAUUAUACAUUUGUACUGCAUUAUUAAUUAUUAUUAUGAUAUUAUAAUUUAUUGAAAAAAUGUUUUCAAUUUACAACGCACGACGUCAUGAUAUUAUUCGGUUACCGUUGUGUUAUUUAUUUUACUUAACUAUGUAUACAAUGUGAUAUAUUAUCCAACCAACACACGCGGUGCGUAUGAUAUUAUUAAAAAUAGAAUUUAUAAAAAAUCAAAAA